CAUGGUAACGUGACAUAAUUCUUGUUAUAGAAAACGUGGGAUAUUAUUUAACAUAAAGUACAUAUAGUUAUCAAUCAUGGUUUUCCUAUUACGAAGUUGCAUUUUAAGCGGAAAAAAAUUAUUCACACAAGAAGUUGUAACAUUCAAACAUCUUGUUACACAUCCUACAUACAACAAUAUUUUAAAGAAAUAUGUACCACUUUUGCAAGUAAAACAUUUCUCCACCGAAAAAAAUGAAAAAACUGAAAGAGAAGUAAUAUACCAUGGAAUUUUACGGCCACGAAUUCGUAAUGUUAAAAUAGUGUCUGUUUUUUCUUCAGUUCUAUCAGUCAUAGUACAACCUUUAAUUUUUUUAAAAGCUAUUGACACUGAUAACGUAUUAAGCAUAGGAAUAUCAUUUGCAAUUGUGAAUUUAUUUAUUAUAUCUUCUCCAAUAUUGAUAUAUAUGUUCACAAAGAGGUAUGUGAUUAAGUUGGAGUAUUGCCCCCAAAAACAAAAUUAUGUUGCUCAUUUAUAUGGUUUUUUCUUGAAUAAAAAAGAGAUAACAUUUACUCCAGCUGAUGUAAAGGUAAAUGAUAAUAAAAAUGGAGCUUUCACAACCUGUCAUGUGAAAAACAUUCCAGUAUUUUUCGACGAAAAUCAGUUUUUAGAUGCCAAGCACUUUUACAUUAUCAUGGGAUAUAAAAAGCCAUCAGAUUUUAUACUGAAGAAAAUUAAUGUAACUCCAAUCAAUCAAUUGCCAAUUAUCAACACGAGUCACCAGUUAGAAAGUAGAAUUAAGAAAAAUAACUAAUUUAACAUUUGUGUAGUUUCAUUUAUUACG